AUGUCGUCCACCACGUUAAUGACGUUCCUUGUCCGGACCCCAUCCAAUGUCAGAUCAGUCGAGCUGCUGGGAUCAUGGGAUAACUUCUCUCGAUCCUAUCCCAUGGAACAGGACAAGCGCACCGGUUCUGGCCACUGGCGAGGCUGCCAUACCUUUACCGACAUCAUCCUCGACGGUUCAUCCCCAAGCCAGUCACCCGGCAGGACCGGAGGCUUGAAGAUGGGAGGAACCUAUUGGUAUUAUUACCGUCUGGAUGGAGACAUUGAAUAUUAUAACGAAGUCGAGCCCAUUACCUCUCUCUGUCCUCUGCUGCCCGGCCAGCCUGUCAAUAUUCUCAAUAUGCCCGUCAUUCUACCAGACACCCACACCCUGCAUCGGCGUGACAACAGCGUCACUUCCACCAAGUCUGAGCACCGGACUAUGAACCCCAAAGACAAAUACAUGAAUCCAAGGACACCGCCUAAGCCGCGCCCUUCUCUGGCUCGCCUGAGGACGUCUCCUCCCCUUUAUCAGCACUCGGCAUCCUCGGGGUCUUUUCUUAAUGUGUCAACUAAUGGUGAUGAGCAACGAUCCGUAUCUCAACCCACAAGCACGGCUCACAGUCCGAUGGGCCACUUCGCACCUAGAGUGAAGGUCUCCCGGUCUGCAUCUCCUCCGCUGACGAGAGGCUUACGGGCUGCAUUCUUGAACAUUGCCAGUGCCCGCUCUCCGAGCCGUGACCGGGGCGAUGGUAGCCGCAGUAGGUCGGUGGAACGCAAUGCUGAGCGUUGCGAUGGGCCCAUGCUGCGCGUUCCUGUCUCGAAUCCAAGCUCAAAUUAUAGCUCACGACUAGCAUCGCCAACGAACAGUCCAACUGAUACUUCGGUUGUCAGAAACUUGCCGUUCCGCCUGCCGCACCAUCAACAAGAAAAGGGCUCGGCACUACCAUCUAUCCAUGUUCGGAGAGCUUCAAAAUCCAGUCGAGAAAAUACUCCUCUUGCCAGUCUGGAUUUAGCCAGCACCCCAGGCCAGAAGACAAAGGUUGGAGGCCCGUCAUUUUCUCACCUUCAGUCACUGGAUCCUCUUGAAGAAGUUUUAUCUAAACAGAAUACUCCCGUGCCAACAAAACGCUCCAAAGUUCUCAAGGCAUCCAACGCACCAACUUCCCGCGGCCUGUGGGAGAAACGACUACCCACUCUACCCAACUCACCGUCAUCGGUUAUGGAGGAGGAACUUCGUGCUAUUGAUGCGCUCAACCAGCCGUUGAACAUGGAGUUUUUGCACAGUCAUUUCUCUAAUUUUACAUCUGGCGUUGAAUCUGAAAUUUAUGUCGAAUCGCCUGUUGAAAAGAGUCGAUUUUCGGAAUGGAGCGCCGAUACCGAGCUGGUCUCGCCCGCCUCCAUGACUUCUUGCUCUACUAUCAACGCCGACUUUUCGCACCACUCCUUUUCCGAUGACCCUAUUGCAUGCGAAGACGCCUUAGAGGCGGUGUCUGCUUCGAACGGGCCGCCAACUCCUAUUCUCGGGGUAGGGGAAAUUCUUUCUCCUACCAAGGUCGCCUCUGAUUCCCCUCUCCUCGGCACAGGCGAACCAUCGUCCGGCGCCGGCGGAUUUUCGGCCAGUGGCUUGGAUUUCUCGUCCUUGAGCUUCGAUGAUUAUGAUGAUACUACCAGCGAAUCAGACCCUAAGCGAUUUGCCGGGAUCUUCCCCGCCGAGGUGAUGGCCUCUCUGCCCGUUACUACUCCUCGAACAGCUUCCCCGCGGUUCAAGACCGGUCCGCGCCAGGACUUCAUGGCCGAGUCGGCCGCAAUGAGGGAUCUAAUGGACGAAGUCGGGUAUCUUGGGGAUAUGAUUUCGUCUGGUUUAUGA